AUGUUUAAUAGCUUAAAAUAUUUAUUUGUUGAUUUUUCUAAAAUAAAUCAUAUAUUUAUGUGUUGUUGUGGAUUACUAUUUGAUUUUGGUGUUUAUUUCUAUUGGUUAGUUAUUCCAGUCUUAUUAAAAAAUGAUGGAAAAUCACCUUUAGUUAUAGGAGUAGUCUCUGCUAUUUCAUUUGGUUCAGCAGGAAUUCUUUCUCCUUUUGUUGGAUAUUUAGCAGAUAAAUUUAAUCCAGAAUCUCUUUCAUCACUAGGAACUACCUUAGUUGCACUUAGUUGUAUUAUAACUGGAUUUUUAUGUAUUAAUGAUUUAAAUAUUUAUAUUCUUUCUAGUUGUCUUGUAAUCCAAGGAAUAGGUUUUGCUUUAUUUUAUACUCCAAUUGAAGCAUUAAUCUCACUUGUUGCACCUGAAGGAAAAGAAGGAAAAAGACUUGCUGACUUUUUUACAUUGAGUUGUUUUGGAAGAGGACUUGGAUUUCUUUGUGGAGGGAGUGUAAUGUUAUUACUUGGAAAUACAUUUACACUUUAUCUCGUUGCUUUUAUUGCUUUUGGAGUUUUUAUUCUUAUCCCUCGUUAUAAUAAAAAGCCUAAGUAUAACAUUCUUGAAUCAGUUGAAAUAAGUAGUGAAUUAACAGAAGUUAAUGAGGAUUCAACUGAAGAUAAAAGUGAUGAUAAAAGUCAUAAUAAAAGUGAUGAUAAAAGUGAUAAUAAAAGUGAUGAUAAAAAUGAUGAUAAAAGUGAAGAACUAGAUAAUUUAUCUCAUUCUUCAAAUUCAACAGAUGGUAGUUUAGAUGAACAUAUUCAUAAUGAAAUUCUUCCAAUGAAAAAAAGAAAGUUGUUUUUUUAUGUUUCUUUAUUUCUUUCAAUGUCAAUUUAUGGUUCUUUAGCUAUUAUGUCUGAUCAGUAUAUUGUUUUUGCAUCAGAAAAACAUGUUGUUAUAAAUCAUAUUAGUAAUGAGCCAUCUGUUCUUGUUGGUGUAUUGUUAUUUAUUAUUUGUGCUUGUGAAACUAUUACAUAUUUUAUUAUGGGAAGAACUCAUAUUUGGGAAUUUAGUCCAAUAUUAAAUAUUGGUUCUAUUGUUGGUACUAUUCUUAUUGGUGUUGCUUUAAGAUUUAUUACUAAUGGAUUAUUAUUAAUUAUUUUAAUUUCAUUACCAAUGGGUAUUAUUGCUGCAUAUGAAUUUCAAGGAAAUAUGUUUUAUGCAGUUAAAAUAGGUCAACAUGAAGGUAUUUAUAUUGGAAUUAAUGAACUUGUUGGGUUAUGUACCUAUUGUAUAUCUCCUAUUAUUGCUGGUUGUUUAAUGAAUUCAUUUGGAUCUGAGUGGUGUCCAUAUACUAUUAUUUUACUUAAUAUGAUUUCUUUAGUUAUAGUUACAUUAAUCCAUCUCUUUGAAUGUUUUACUAACUAUUAA